GACAGCAACAGCGGCAGCAUAAGCCCCACAAAGCGCCAAGCGUUAACUUUUUCGUCUGCGUCUGCUAGCGAUUCAGUCUUUCUUCAAUUGCGAGCGCGUGAAAACGUCCGAAUAGGAGUUAAGUUAUUUUUUGUUAGUGAAUAGCGGAACAUAUUUUUGUGUAAUUUAUGAUUUUCGAACGCGAACUACAUAUUCGUUUAGUGAAUAUACAUAUGAGUGCAUUAUAUGCAUGAAAAAUAUUUAAUAUAUUGACAAACGUUUUUAUAUAAGGUUCAACUGCGCUGAAAUAAUUGAUUUGGGCCACGUGUGUGUGUUGUGGAAGUGUGAACUGAUAAAUAAACAAAUAUAUGUACAUAUUUGUGUACAUACAUAUAUAGCAACCAAUGUGUUCCGAGAGAUAAUAAAAAAAUGAGUAUUUAUUUAUUUGAAUGCCAGUUAUAGGUAUCGAAGAAUAAAUAAUUCCAAUCGUUCACAGAUAACUAGUAGACAAAACUGAAAUGUUUCUAGUUAAAAAUUAAAAAUAUUUGAAAAGUGAUUUGUGAGAUUUUGGAAAAUUAAACGAAUAUAAAACGAUAGGAACAUACUUACAUACAUACUAGAAAACGGAGCGUAAUUCAUAGAGACGAGUACAACCUAAAAAUUUAUCUUUGACUUGUUUUAAGUGUUAAAUAUUCGUCAGCCCCUUACACACAUAUUUAUUAAAAAAAAAAAACUCGUUGAUUGACAGUGAGUCAGAUUUUUAUGACAUAUGCAGCUGCCACUUUGGUUAAAUGAAAUCAGCGCUCAAACAAAGAUUUGGACUUAGUUCGACACAGGGUUCCCUAAUUAUAUUUUUACAGCCACAUCGUCUACAGCAUAAAAAUUUGCAUACAAAAAAAAAAUUACAACAAAAAAUCAAUGGGAAAAAUAUUUAAAAUAUUCCCUGUGUGUUUCCAUGCGCGAAUUAAAUCAAUAAGUGAUUGCCAAAUAAGCUCUCAAUUGUGAAAAAAUAAUAUAAAAUAAAUUUUAUUGCCGACGCGUUUGCUUUAAUUUAUUUAUUAGCAAAUAAGUAAAAAGAAUAAUAAGAGAAGAAGAAGAAGAGGAAAAGUAAUAAAAAAAUUUCCAGCGCACUAAGGCAAACAAAACCUCGACCGAGCAAACAAAAACUGGCAAAGUAAUCAAACAAAAAUCAACAAACCUAACAAUAAAUGAAUGUCUGUAUGGAAGAUACAAGUGAAAAAGAUCAGCAAAAGCAAAUCACACAAGCGCCAGAGGUCAUAUCAAUUGCCGUUUGAUUUACUCGCUUUGCGAAAUUUCGCAAAAAUUCAAUAAAGAGAAAAUAAAUAUUAUUGCAUGAUCGAGUUUUGGUGCUUCGGAGAAGUGGAACGCUAAAUAGAAAGUGUUUGAGUGUUUGCGUGCAAAGAAAUUUCCUAAACAAAUAAAGAAGUCAUUAUUUCAUGUGGAGAGGAAAGAGGAAAGUGAAUUUUUAAAAAAUAUUUGAAAUUAAUUUGGAUAUUUUUGGUGAUUUGGGAAACUUUAGACAACUCGCCAACAUACAUACAUACAUACAUACAUAUUUGCGUAUGCGAUUUUAAUAGCGUAUUCUAAUUGAAGAAAGCUGUGGUAAUAUUUUCUUAAUAGAAAUGGCAGCCCCUAAAGAUGCUCAUACAAUUUUCUGGUUGCUGUUGGCACUCUUGGUGGCGGAAGUCAAAUGCAGCGAUUCAGCACCCGACACCAUACCGCACCUCUGCUACAACGUGAGAUGUCCGCCCAUGUCCGACAUGAUCUGCCCACCGGACAGCAGCAUACGCGAAAUUCUCAACACCAUCGAAAUGAAUCCGCUUACCGUAGCGCCUGAUGUGACCGACGAAGCGCCCUACAACACCACCGAAAUCGAUGAAGAAAUCUAUGCAGAAUGCUGCCUGGCGAAGAAGUGCCUCUGCAAAACUUGCCACAUACCCGACUGUCAUGGCGAGGAUGAAGUGGUGGUCGAGCUACAGCCCGAGUCAAUGAACAAACCCGGCCAUUGUUGCGGCGAAUAUGAAUGCCAACGCAAGCCUAAUUGCACGGCAGGAGUAGAUAGUGAGCUAUAUUGGCUGAAAGGCUGUCAACGUUGCCACUGCUUCUCCGGCAAGCCCAUGUGCAUUCAAAUCUGCGACGAGGCCGUCAACAAAACAAAAGCAAUCUGCAAGCCCGAAAAGUUGAAUGUUUUCUUCGAGCAUGGCGAGAGUUGGCGCGUCGGUUGCUAUGAAUGCGAAUGCGUCGAUGGCAUUGAAAAGUGUGUGCUCCCUUUCUGCAGCAACAUUAAUUGUCCACGCGAACGACAGGUGACGCUAAAGGAUGGCUGUUGCCCCAUUUGUUGGCCCGAUUGUGCGCCCAUGCCGGAUGAGGUAUUGAGCAGCAGCCGUAGCGGCAGUGACAAAUAUGGCAGCGUGGCGCGUCGUUACGAUGAAGAUGUUGGAGAAGAGCUAAGCGUGCUGGAUAAUGUGCCACAUGGCAGUGACUAUAGCGCUGAAAAUGAGAUUGACACAUUGCCGGAUAUACCCUUCGAUGAGGAGGAUGAGCUGGAAGGGGAUAAGCAGUUGCAAACCACUACGAAAGCUACAGAAGGCAGCAAAACAAGCAGCAGUAGCAGCAGCAGUUCAACUUCCGCCAGUGCUGCCGUCACAGCCAGUCCAGCUGGGUACGUACACUCAAUGUCGUCCACCUAUGCACCUGCCGAGUACUUGCCUCUUUCACCUACUACCGCCGCACCAACACAUGUAGUCGCUGCUCUUGCCAGUGAGCCCGCCAUAGCCACCGCUUGCCCGCCAGUUGUGUCUGUACGCCAUGAUGCGCCAGCCACCUUCCAGCUAUAUCCCGAAGAGAUUUUGCCCGAAGUUCAAGUCGUUUCAGAGUCCUGCAAGCAUUGGAUGAUUUACAUUGUCAUUGGCAUUUUAGUCGCCUUCAUUGCGGUUUUGAUAGCUUGGAUCAUCCAGUUGCGUUUGAAGCAACGCUCCUAUCGGCCGGUUUCACACAUCGAUGACAAUUUCAAUAAGAUGUCCUGUAAUAUUAAGGCAACAAAUGCGUAUGUUUAGUCAACGUUCGUUUUACGGAGGAAUAUGUAGUAUAUGAUGAAGUAUUUUGUGUUUGUGUAUGCCAAGGAGAGCGAAAGGUGUGUAAUACACAUUGGGUGAACAAAUUUUUCCACAGUUAAAUUUAAGAAAAUGUGGUUUUUGUAUAUCUGUGCCAUACAAAAACCAUACGGAAAAAAAGAUUUAAAGUUUAGAGAAGUUGUCAAAUGUUGGCCAAGGUGUUAGCUUUUUUUAAUUAUAUAGAAUUUUUCUUUUAAUUCUUAAUGCAAAUAGAUUUCUCUAUCACUUCAUUGAAAAUCAUUUUAAACACAUAUGAGCUUUGAGCACUUUUUUUAAGAAACUGUUGAAGGGCGGUUAUCUUAGGUAGAAUUUUUUUUGAAUUUUAAACUCCCGUCUUUUAACGAAUAUAUCAACACUAACUUGGGCUAAGCAUACUUUCCAGAAAAGGUACUUUUUCACCAUAAAUUCGGUUGACGGCAAUUAAAUUUGGAACGAAUUCAGUAUCUGGGUAUUUGCUCAUAUUUUCCUAAAGCCAAUUAGUGUCACACCUAUCAAGCAAAUUAAAGCUACUGCAGCGUUUUGCGUCUCGACUGGCGCCACUCCUUAAAAUCGAUAACUCACCUGCUUCGAUACCACCUUCAAUCGUUUACCAAAACGUUGAGUUGUCUCUAAAUUAUUCAACUAAGGGGAUAUUUUCCACUUCACUGCUCGCAAGGUUCCAACCAGCCAUGCUACUGCGAGCUAGGCUACAACGUAUGUUCUGGGCCGCUAAACCAAUGGGGCCUGAAAGUACUCAUUGUUAGUGCCCAAGGGCGUCGAGACCCGGGCCUGGCCCCAGCGAAGUAGUCAUCGGUGGGCCCCUUGAAUUAAAACCUUUUUUUGAACUUACUUAUGAGGGGAGGCUGAAAUGUUCUCAACCUA